AUGUUCUUCACAUGGGCGAGGUUCUACUCUUUCCAGUACAUAUCAAUCUUGUUCUUUCAGGACGUCCAGGACAUCUCAGCCCUCCAGGCUUCCAAUCGCUUCUUGCCUAUGGCUGUAGUGGGCGUGGCCACCAACAUAGUCACUGCUUAUCUGGUGUCAAAGGUGAAUGGAAACCUGCUGCCGGGGGGGAUGAGUGCCCUGAUGACCGCAAUUUCCCCUAUCUUAAUGACAGUCGCCUCCCCCAACUGGACAUGUUGGGCUGCAGCCUUUGUUGCUAUGACUUAUAAGUGCAAUCAACCGCGAUGGUGA